AUUGAGGCUCUAUGUCAAUCUCACCAGAAGGAACUACAACAGAUGCUGGCAGAACAAGCCUUAGAACUAUCUGCCUCUAAAACAGCUCAGCUCCACAGUAAAGUCAAUGCUCAGGAGGUGAUGAUCCAACAUCUGAGGGAACAGUUGUCCACAGCCCAGGUAGAACUAGAACAGUUGUCUGUCCUGAAGAUUAAGGAGGCUAGUCACGUGACACGUAUAGAGAAGUUACAGGAGGAACUCAGGGACGCCAAAAAGUACCACUCUCCUGGGAUGAAACAUUUUGAACAAAUAGAGGACAAGAUCCUGGGUAUAGAGAAGAAGCACGAGAACCGUGAGAGAGAACUACAGCAGGUGAUACAGAAAUCCAAGGACUCCCACACUAAAGAGUUAGAACAGCAGGCGGCAAAAUGGAAACAGGUCGUGGAGGUGAAGAACCAAGAGAUCCAGAGAUUCCGAGUGGAGCUGGACGCCAUAUUGGAUGUGUUAAGACUGUUACAGAAACAGGGUGUGGUUUUACCUGUCAGGACUAGUAACACCUACUCCUAGCAUGGUGUAGCAGUUAUAGGAUUUUUAAUU